ACGACUUCUGCCAUGCCGGGCGGGAUUGGCCUCAUCCAGCUUCCGAGCUGCCGUCAGCCUUCUCCACCCGUCCAGGUGAGAUUUACCUUUUUCUCCAACUCUCCAGGUAGGUUUUGGCUUUUUCAGCUCUUUCGGUGGGAUUCAUAAUUGAUUUUCCAGGUAACUUUUCUCUUUUUCUUCAAUUCUCCAGGUGGGAUUUGCCUUCUCUAAUCCUGGUGGGAUUCACGUUUGAGUUGCCAGGUGACAUUUACCUUCUCUAACUCUCUAGGUAGGAUUUACCUUCUCCGGCCCCUGAUAGGAUUCAGCUCCUCCAGCUCCUCGCAGGUUUAACCUAGGUCACUCUGAGAAGGAGCAAGGACUUCCCAAGCCGAAAACGGUGCAGAAAUGGAAAUGAGCAGAAGCAACGAAUGUGGUUUUCCUCUAGUGGCAGAGAGAGAAGCGGAAGUUUUGUCCCAGUUACAGCAAGAUGCUGCACUCGCAGUAAUGUCCAGGUUUGGCUUUUCGUCCAGCUCCUCGGGCGAAGACGACUCAUCUGAUUCUGAUGUUUCCCUGUUGGCCCAAUGCAGGGAGAAAGAUGGUUGCAGCCACUGUCGGAGGGACAAGAAUCUUCCAGAAGUGACCGUGCCAGAGAUCAUUUGGCAUGAGAACGGCAAGAAGAGAGCCUACAGAGUUUCUUUCCCCGGUGCUGGCUCGUUCCGGUGCUCUGAAACCGAUCUGUGUUUCAACGUGAAGGCAGCAGUCAGUCUGAAAUAUGAAUAUGGCUCCUGGCGGCAACACCUGCGGGGAGCUGAUGCUGAAAAAUGGAUGUUUGUUGGCCCCUUGUUCAACAUCCAGGCAGAGCCGGCUGAUGCCGUGGGCGCCGUCUACCUGCCGCACUUCGUGUGCCUUAGAGGACAAGACGACACUUCCGAGAUGCGAAUUGGCCACUUUGUUGGUGGAAAGCUGGUCCUGGAGAUACCAGUGGAGGUGCAGCCGUUCCACGCGGUACUGGAAGAUCCCAGCUUCUCCUUUCUGGGGGUGAUUUGGAGGAAGAUAACUUCAGUUCUCCAUUUGCCUCUCCACUCCCUCGUGCUGAUCUAUCAUGCCACCAGGAAGGAACCUGUCACCCUCCAUCUCUAUCUGAUCCCUGAUGACCACUCCAUAAAGCAGGCGAUUGAAGCGAAAGAGAUGUCCGUGUCCUACCGGGUGGAUAAACCGCCUCUGACCAAACAUCUCAACUGUGGGAGGUCCUAUGUUGUUUCUGGCUCACCGACUGUAGCCAUACAACCCAAGACCCUGGACUUCCAUCUCAGAGGCGCAGAUGAGCAGCAAAUCUUCAGUGAAAUCUAUGUUGGUGUCAUGGCAGAGAAAGUCAAACUCAGUUUGAAAGACAGAAGAAAGGCCAGGUCCGUGUGGCACACGGUGCUGAGGCAAGGAGACAUUAUGCACAGCGGGGCAGGCGCAGAUGGGCCAUGUGCGAGUCACUGGAUCCCUGGAUUGCAGCGCAGCAGGCCAGGCUUGGGGAACAGAGGACCAAUCCCAGGGGCAUCUGCUCAAGUGUUAGGAGCGACAGAGAAACAUUUUGUCGAUCGGCACCGAGUGGAGCUGAUUGAGCGUGUUGUUGAAGUGAAAGGUGUCCUGGAUCUCCUGCUUGAGGACGUUCUGGACUUUGAGCAAUACCAAAGAAUUUUGGCGGAGAAAACGUCCCACAGUAGGAUGCGUGAGCUGUUCAGGCUGAUGCCGAGCUGGACGUCCCAGUGCAAGGACCGCGUCUACGAAGCCCUGAAGAAGAAGCACCCAUACCUCAUUGAAGACCUUGAGAAGUAAUUUCUGGAAGCAAUGACUGCUCUGCAAUGCAGAACAGUCCUUCCACAGAGGAGCAAAGUCACUCCGGGCAGCUCACAAGUGACUUGACAAAUCGCAGCAUCCCUGAAUCACAGAAUCAAUGUGUUGUGGAGGUUGGAAAGCCCCUCUGGAGAUCAUCUACCCUCACCCCCUUUCUCAUAGCAGGGUCACCUAGAGCAGGUUGCCCAGGACUGUGUCCAGUCAGGUUUUGAAUAUUGCCAAGGAUGGAGACUACACAACCCUGCUGGGCAACCUGGUCCAGUGUUCCAUCACCCUUGCAGUAAAAAAGCUUUUCUUAUGUUUGGAUGGAAUUUCUUGUAUUUCCGUAUGUCCCCGUUGCCUCUUGUCCUGUCAUUGGGUGUCACUGAGGAGAGUCUUGCUUCGUCUUCUUUAGCCUCUGUCUCCAUCAGGUAUUUAUGCCUAUGGAUAAGAUCCCCCUGAGCCUUCUCCUCUCCAGGCUGAACAGUCUCAGCUCUCUCAGCCUCUCCUCCUAUGGGAGAUGCUCCAGGCCCUUAAUUUAAUCAUCUUUGUGGCUUGACUUGCGCCAGUAGGUCCCGUCUCUCUUGUACUGGCAGACCAAGCCCUCUAGGUGUGACCUCACCAGCACUGAGCAGAGGGGAAGGAUCCCCUCCCUCAACCUGCUGGCAACACUCUUC